UAAUAUCAUAGAGAGAAAAACGUUGUGGGUGUGAAUUACGUUAAACAUGGCGCUCUUUUCAGCAGCAGCAAAAGGAGACUUCCUGAAGAUACAAUCAUUAAUCGACUCGGAAGACAAGUCAGAGGAUUCGGGAGGAGUUGAUGUAAACUGCACGAAUGCAUCUGGCAAAACACCCCUUCACAUUGCUUCGGAAAACGGACAUUUGCAAACGGUUAAAUGCCUCACCCACCAUGGAGCAAAAGUGAAUGUGAUCGAUGCUAACCUACAAACAUCGGUUCAUUUAUGCUCGAAGAAAGGCCAUCUUCAUGUGGUACAGAUGUUAGUGAACGAAGGGGCAGAUAUUGAAAUUGGUGACAAAGAUGGGUUUACAGCUCUUCACGUAGCAUCAUUCAAUGGUCAUUUUGAUGUUGUCAAAUACCUUGUUACUAAAGGGGCAGAGCUGGAGAGACUUGGUAAUGAUUACUGGACACCUCUACACCUUGCUUUAGACAGUGGCCAUCUUGAUAUUGCAGAUUACCUUUUGACAGAAGGAGCCAACAUUAACACAUGUGGUAAAGAUGGAUAUUCAGCUCUACAUACUGCAUCACAAACUGGUGAUAUUGAUGUAGUGAAAUAUCUAACCAGUCAAGGAGCAGAACUGGAUAGGAGCACUGACGAUGGUUGGACCGCACUUACUUUGGCUUCAUUUGGCGGACGCCUUGACAUUGUCAAAUACCUUGUUAGUAAAGGGUCUCAACUUGACAAAUGUGACAAAACCGACAGGACCCCCUUGUAUUGUGCUUCUCAAGAAGGCCAUUUUAAAGUCGUCCAGUAUAUCGUGAACAAAGGGGCAGGCAUUGAAAUUGGCGAUAAAGAUGGGUUUACGGCUCUUCACAUUGCAUCCUUCAAGGGUCAUCUUGAUAUUGUCAAAUACCUUGUUAGGAAAGGGGCACAGCUUAACAAAUGUAACAAAAACGACAGGACACCCUUGUCUUGUGCUUCCCAAAAAGGCCAUCUUGAAGUCGUCGAGUUUCUUGUGAACGAAGGAGCAUGCAUUGAAAUUGGUAAUAAAGAUGGGGUUACAGCUCUCCACAAAGCAUCAUUCAAUGGUCAUCUUGAUAUUGUCAAAUACCUUGUUAGUAAAGGUGCAGACCCGGGGAAACUUGCUAAUGAAGAGGACCACUAUGACUACCUUCGCAGUACGUUCGGUAGUAAGGCUCUCCCUAGCUUAAUGCCCCGCCCAUACUCCCCAACAUACGAUCCAUAUCUUACCAGUAAACAAGACAGCUCUAGCUCCUCGAGGAAGAGUAUCACAGAAGAGACAAAGAUUAUAAGUCUGGACGAGUACAGCAUCAAGGUUCCAAUUUCACCAGACGAUGUGGACAGAGCCAAAUAUAUCACAGCAGAAGCAUUGACAACCAUUCCACCUGACUUAAAGCUGGACAAAGACGAAGUUAUCAUCUCAGUUGGGCUCAAGCUAUCCCCUCCUGGUCUUCAGUUUAAAACUCCGGUGGAAGUCACGGUCUCGCAUAGCGCUAUUUUCACCAACCCAGACAAGGCAGAAAUUGUGCUAUACACCCGAAGGACUGGGUCUGAUGAAUUUUCAAGGAUAGUUCCUGCUUCUGACAAAGCUGCUCGGUGUGUAGUCGCAAAGAAUCACCUUACUCUGUACUUGGACCAUUUCUCGGAAUGGUGGAUUAUUUCCUUAAUCAGGAGAUACUUCAUCGGUAAACGGCUCAUCUGUACGCCUUACGUUCCCCUGUCAACAUACAGAGAUGUGUUAAACCGCAUCUAUCUCGUCAUUAAAGACGACUUCUGCGGCAUGAAAGAGGUAUAUUUAUCAUAA